GUGGUCUUCUAAGUGGGAUAUUCUCGUUGUUGGUGGUUGUUAACUUGUUUCGUUAAGAGAACACACACACACACACACACACACACACACACACACACACACACACACACACACACACACACACACGAGUGUCACUCCGGACGUCGUGCUGGCAGGCUUAUUUUAAACUUCCUUAAAUUCCUCAACUAGUUCCGAAAUGUAGGCUAUUAUACUUGGUGGUGACUCGUACGAGUAGGCCUAUAUCAGUAUAGGCCUACUUCGAUCUACUUAUUUACCAUAUUGAUUAAUUGCAGGUGGCGCCAUACGACGCUCUUAUGAUUGGCUACUUUAUGAAUGGAUUCUAUUGCCUAACAACCUUUUUAGUAUUCCUCCGCAUCUCACCAUAAGCGGUUGAACUAAAGCAGCUGUUCGUUCAUAUACUUGUAAUUUUCUGCUGUUAUGUAAUGGACACUGUCGAUACACUUGAGGUGUUGUCUGAAUGCACUUUUUGAUCAGGGUUAACUAUGGAGAGAACCAGCAGUCCCCCAACUUUGUCAAAUAUUACACAGACCUGUGCGCCUAGUAUUUUGUUAAUCAAAACCCUUGUGUAACUUUGCAUCUAAGUCAAUUCAUGGUGCUCUUAAAAGUCCCCAUCAAGAACAUUGAGAGGGAGCUCAUCUGCCCCAUCUGCAAGGAACUCUUCACCCACCCGCUGAUCCUGCCCUGCCAGCACAGCGUCUGUCAUAAAUGCGUCCGCGAGCUGCUGAUGCUCAGCCACGACGACUCGUUCGACGCCGGCUCGGAGUGCUCCAUGCCCGGUAGCCCCCGGUCCAGGGUGCCCUCCCCCUCAAUGGAGAGACUGGACCGGCUAGUCCGAUCAGGUGGGUCCCGGGGUUCCAUGUCGUCCCCCGGCUGGCGGAGGAACUCGGUGACCCCCCGGGUCACGGCCAUCCCGUGCCCGGGCUGCCAGCACGACAUCGAGCUGGGCGAGCGCGGCAUCAGCAUGCUGUUCCGCAACUUCACGCUGGAGAACAUCGUGGAGCGCUACCGGCAGGCGGCCCGCGCCGCCGUGGCCAUCAUGUGCAACGUGUGCAAGCCGCCGCUGGCGCCGCAGGAGGCCACCAAGAGCUGCAUGGACUGCAAGGCCAGCUACUGCAACGAGUGCUUCAAGCUGAACCACCCCUGGGGAACCCCCAAGGCCCAGCACGAGUACGUGGGGCCCACCACCAACUUCAGGCCCAAGGUACUCAUGUGUCCGGAGCACGAGAUGGAGAAGGUGAACAUGUACUGUGAGGUUUGCAGACGGCCCGUCUGUCACCUCUGCAAGCUGGGCGGUUCCCACGCCAACCACAAAGUCACCUCCAUGAGCAGUGCCUACAAGAUUCUCAAGGAGAAACUGGCCAAGAGUAUCCAUUACCUCAUCAGUAAAGAGGACCAGGUCAGGACUCAGAUUUCGGAUCUGGAUGUACUGAUCAAGCAGACUGAGGAAAAUGGGCAGCUCUCCGAGCGGGAGGCCAUCGCGCACUUCGACCGGCUGUUCGAAACCCUGCAGGAGAGGAAGACGGAGAUGUUGCGGUCCAUCGAUCAGUCACGCAACCGACGCCUAGACCAGCUAAAGGGCCAGGUGGAGGAGUACCAGGGAAUGCUGGAGAACAGUGGCCUGGUAGGCUACGCUCAAGAGGUUCUGAAAGAGACGGACCAGUCGUGCUUUGUACAGACGGCCAAGCAGCUGCACGUGAGAAUCCAGAGGGCCACAGAGUCUCUUAGGACCUUCCACCCUGCGUCCAACCCCUGCUUCGAUGAGUUUGUGCUGGACACGUCCAAAGAGGAGAUGCUGCUGAAGGAGAUGUGCUUCGGCGGAGUCCCUGACCCUCCUUUGAUUGACCUAUCACGUAGCAGAGUUUACAAUGAAGCCACAAUCUGCUGGAGGCUUUCUGAUGACCACAUAGCUACGGACCACCAGCUCCUGGAAUACCGCAGGCUUGGGGGCCCGGGCCAGUCCCCAGCCCCGCCUCAGGAGGACGGUGUGGACUCGGGGUCCUGGAGGACCACCGAGCGGGUCUACGGCGCCAGCACCGUAGUCUGUGACCUGGAGCCCGACAGCCUGUACGCCUUCAGGGUCCGGAGCUGCCGUAGCUCCAUGUACAGCCCCUACAGCCCGGAGGUCACCUUCCACACCCCCCCCGCCCCAGCGUUCGGGUUCCUCUUCAACGACAAGUGUGGCUUCAGCGCGGAGCGGCUGGUGCUGAGCAAGCGGCGCGACAGCGUGGAGAGCCAGGCGGGCAUGGCCUUCCUGCUCGCCUCGGAGCGCGUGCAGACUGGCAGCUAUGUCGGCCUGGAUUACAUCAUAGGGGACAUGGGAAUCACCCAAGGACGUCACUUCUGGGCAUUCCGGGUGGAGGCGCACUCCUACAUGGUCAAAGUGGGCGUGGCCUCGGACACCAAGCUGCUCGAGUGGUUCCACAACCCCAGGGACACCAGCAGCCCUAGGUACGACCAGGACAGCGGCCACGACAGUGGCAGCGAGGACGCGUGCUACGAGCUCUCCCAGCCCUUCACCCUCCUCACACUGGGCAUGGGCAAGCUCUUCAUCCCCAAGGCCUCAGCUUCCUCCGUCUCCUCCUCCUCCGCGCUGGUCUCCACGGCGGCCAGCGAGCGCGUGCUGCCCAUGCCGCAGCGCGUGGGCGUGUGCCUGGACUACGACGCGGGCCGCGUGUACUUCUACGACGCCGACACCAUGAGGUGCCUUUACGAGAGGCAGGUGGAAUGCUCCGGGACCAUGUACCCUGCCUUCGGCCUCAUGGGCGGAGGGAGGGUCCACCUUGAGGACUUCAUCACGGCAAAGAGACUCACCUUCUAGUGGGGGAACGAGGGGGAUGUAAGAAACCUGGCUGGUUUAGGGUCGGGUCUUUCUCGGGGGGCGAGGGGAGACUAUUGGAUUGGAACUGUGCUUCUCCAGGAGAGGAGUCCGCAGUUGAGAGGCGGGUGAUUGUCCUGUGUGUGAGGGGGGGUACUCGGCGACAGAGUGCAUGUAUAACACUAGGUCUGGGCUUCUGCUACCGAUGCACACCAAAGUCUCUUAACUUAUCUUAAUCAACUGUAACUCCACCCGGCUGUAAUCAACCGCUAUUGUAUACUUGUUCAUUGUUUCAUAAUAGGGCUUCUCAAUUUGCCCUGUCGUAGUACUGUUCGCUAAUGGUUUUAAUUGAUUUAAAUUAUUUUAUUUCUAUUUUUAUUUUAUUUUGGUACAGUCAUGGAUGAAUAUUUGAAUAUUCUUUGGGAUCAAGUGUGUGGUUGUUGGUUUGUGUGUGUGUGUGUGUGGGGGGGGGUUUGCGGGUGUGUGUGUGGGUGGGUGUAAUCUUGGGGAAACUUUGAAGCUAGCAUCUUGGUGCCUUCUUUAGAAAAUAGGUAAUUAGUUUGGCUCCAAUGGGCAUAUUUAUUUGUGGUACGUUAAUGCACAAAACUAUAGAAAAUACUGAGGGCAAAAAGUGUGAUUUCAUGCACAAUUUCAGCACUAAAAUGUUUUUCUUUUUAGACAAUGAUUUCUUUCACUUUUUGUACAUGGUUAGGGUUAGCCAGCCUUGAUUCAUCUGUUCACAAAUAUCUUCAGCUGAAUUUUGCACAUACUUUCUUGCACAUGUUGGAAUUGCUAUCGACCCGUUUGUAUCACCGCCUGGUUGCGUCUUUACUGUGUGUUGUAGGCACAAUGAUUGCAUCACCGUCUCACAUUAACAGAUCUCUCAGCAGUACUGUCUCACAAAGUCACCAAUAUCAUUACAUGCUGAUAUUAAUGUUCAGUUGUUCACAACAUUUCACAGUUUGCACUCUGCUACUAAAGCUGUUCUGUUCCAACAUCCAGAAACUACACCCGGGGCACCUUGAACACUGUAGAACUCGUGUUCCCACGUUUGUAGCAGCAAGUUAAUUGGCCCUGCAGAGGUGAAAAGAGAACAUCACAGCUCACUUAUGCAGAACACACAUUUCUGUGGCAUGGCUAGCCACAGAAUUAGUUUACAGUUUAAAUUUUUUUUUUUUUUACAAAACAAGUGCUACUACAGAAGUCCUGAUACCCUUGUGGUUGCUUCUUGUGAGACGUGAACACAUGGCGUCUCAGUGGUUUAGUGGUGUAUCGAGCCUACCUAGCCGAGACAAACAUGUAAGUGGUUGAUUGGUUUUGGUGAGAUCCACCACAGUGUUUAAGUCUAGAAGAGCUCUUGAGGUUAAUCCCCUCAAUCUUUGUGAUUGGGUAAAUGUUAACUCAUGCGUUUGUUUUAGUUUGUUAUGUCUGGAGGUAUAAGGUACUAACUGCGUGUUUUCUCAGGUUUAUUGGCCCUUGCCGGUCUCUGUUGCUACCUACCUCCUAAAGCCCUGGAAAACCUUUACUACACUACCUUUCCUCUCUGAACUUUUUUGUUCCAGCUUUGGUAGCAGUCGGUCCUUUUUUCUUGCGUUGAAGGAACUGUACCUUAGGCUUUUUUAAUUACUAUUUCAACUUUUGCAUACAUGUGUAUAUUAGACAAUAACUUGAGUCAAAUAAAAGUACAUAUUCAAAGUGUCCAUUUUUUUUAUUUUCAUGUUUGUUCAACCUAUUUAACAAUAUACAUUUGGUGAAAAAAUUGUGUAUCCAAGUAAAUGUUAUAUUCUAACUGCCUUUUGUGGGUGUAUUUUCUUUGUGGAUUUUAUUUUCUAAUUGUUGCUAUUAACGUACUUUGCUUUGGUGUUUUACUUGGAUUUUAUUGUAAUAUUUUCAACCUGCAUUUGAAUCAAUAUUUUUUAGAAAAAAUGCAAUACAGUGAAGUUACUCAAGCAUAUCUAAAUGCCACACUUUUGUGGUUUUAAACCAAUAUUUUAGUUGACAUAAUUCGGUGUUUCAUGACCCAUCAGUUGUUCUAAUUGGUUAUUUACUAACAUAUCGUUUUCCAACUCUUUCCCACAUCCGAACGAUUGCUGUACAGUCUAUAUUUUUAGGGACUGUUUGAACACCUUGAAACCAGUCUAUGCACAUAACAAUUCGUACAAUUCACACAUUUUUUGGUUGGGGGGGGCGGAGGGCAGGGGAAUACCAUUACCUUUGUAGAAUGUAUUGUGGCUUUUUAGGAGAAACUAACCACUGAAAUGUCACUGCAUAAUUCAGUGUCAAGCUAAAGGACCACUAAAAGAAAAAGGAGUCAAUGUCACGGCCACAUCACAAUCAUGCUUAUACAAAACCCAAAGUAGCUCCCACAAUCUGAUCUAAAGCUAGCACUUUAGGAGCAUGAACGCACGUGGCUAUGUCAAUAUGUAUGAUAUCUAUGUGUGUGUGUGUGUGUGUGCACAAUAUUGUGUAGGCUGUAGAACAGUGAGCUGGACGUUAUUGUAUGUUAGAACGUAUUGACCAAACCAUAGCAGGCAGGAGGCAGAGGUGGUCACUAGUUGUCAGUGAUCAAAUGCUGACUACUGUACUAAGAAGAUGCAAAAGAGUGGAAGAAAAAGCACUGAAAAAAAAAUUGCUUGAGGUUAGAGUGACCAUGUUGUGUGAGCAGUGUUCUACUGAUGUAUUGGGAUCGUGUGUGUUGUGGCUUUAUACUGUAGCAUGGGUGAAAUGUCUGCUAUAAUGUCUGCCCUCUGUAUUGAUUUUCGAAAACGCUAUUUAAUUUGUAGUUAGAAGCUCUUAUCAAAUAAAUCUAGCGUUUUUAUAAUCCAACC